AUGUUCUACUACACUCAAGAUCAAGCCGACGAGUUUCUAAGCAAAGUCACUGCCGAUCAUAUGGCAGUGGAUGUUGUAGGCCGCAAGUUGGGUGGUUUUGUAAUGAGCUGCUCUGACGAGUGGUUUGCUGAAGCAAGAAACCUGCUGGAACCCAAAGCUCCAAUCAGAGACGCAACUAAAUUCGUGCAUGCAGGCGCCUGGUACGAUGGAUGGGAAACUCGCCGUCACAAUGCGAACGAAUACGACUGGACCAUCAUGAAGAUGGGCGUUGCCGCGGCUCAUAUCGUGGGCUGCGAAGUUGACACAGCCUUUUUCAACGGAAACCACGCCCCAGCCAUCUCUGUCGAAGCUCUAUACGCGGAGAACGAAAAGCACAUAGCUGAAAACGACCCUCGCUGGGAAGAAGUUAUCCCCAAGAAAGAGUGCGGGCCUUCUCAGCGACAAUUCAUGCUACGUAAAGCUGCGACCGACAAAAGAUACACACAUAUCAAGUUGAAGAUGUACCCAGACGGUGGCAUUGCUAGAUUCAGACUUUACGGCCGUGUCGUGCCCCCAACCGAUGCACUUAUGAAGUCCUUGGGAGUCAUUGACCUUGCAUCUGCUUGUAACGGUGGUGUUGCCCUUCGCGUGUCUGACCAGCAUUUCGGCUCUGCCGACAACCUGCUGCUGCCAGGCCGUGGUCACGACAUGUCCGAUGGCUGGGAAACCAAGCGUUCUCGUACCCCCGGCCACGUAGAUUGGGCUAUCAUUCAAUUGGGUAAGCGUACUUCAAAGAUCACUACUGUAAUUGUCGACACCGCUCAUUUCAGAGGUAACUUUCCUCAGUACGUUACUGUACAUGGCAUCGAUUGCUCAUCCUCUACUCCACCAGCUCAUGACGAUCCUAAGUGGUUCUCUUUAGUGGGCAAGUCUAAGACCGGCCCCGAUUUGGAACACGAGUUUGAGGUCACUGACUCCCAUAAGACGGCUACUCACAUCAAGCUUACAAUCAUUCCGGAUGGUGGUGUUAAGCGUAUCCGUGUUUUCGGAAACUAG